GUUCGUCCUCUGCCCACCGUGCGCGAUGGAGUCCACCCACCUGCUGGGCGGCGCUAAGAAGCGGGUCAAGAUCCACCCUCGCACCGUCACGGCCAAGUAUGCCACGCAGACCCCUUACUCCCCGCAACCCGGCAUCCACGCGCACUUCCCGCAGCCCGGCGACGAGGGCUACGACGACGCGCCGUCCUUCGAGGACUUCGGCUCCUUCCUGGAGGAGACGUCGGACAGGAAGCAGCUGACGGAGACCAAGAGGUGGCCGCUAGCCCUGUUUGGGUCCAAAGACAAGGACAAGGGGGGGGGCGCCGUGUCGAGACCUCCGGCCGGCGGGGGCGGCGAUAGCGGCGAAACGGUAGCCAGGGCGGGCAAGGGCCCGGGGAAAGGGGUCGGGGAGCAGCUGGCCAGUUUCGGGGAGGCCUCGGUGUCGGCGUCGCGGCUCACCUGGGUGGGGCUGCUGGGGGCGGCGCUGGCUAACGGCUGCGUGGUGGUUCUGACCCGGGUGGCCUGGGAACGCUUCGGGCUGGGCCCCCUCUUUCUGCUGUUGGUUCGCUCGGCGGUCCAGCUGGCGUCGGUGGCGGUGCCGUUGUACAAGGGCGAGAACCCUUUCGGACCCGAGGGCUACCGCCUGCGCCUGCUUUGUUAUGGCGUGGCCUAUUCGCUGUCCCUGUGCUGCGCUUACUCCUCGCUGAGCUUCACCUCCCAAGAGGACGCCGCCCCCGCUUGGCGCCUGGCCACCACGGCGCUGUCCGCCGCCCUGGCCUUCCUGUUGCUGGAGGAGCGUCUGGGUUUGUCCGACGGCAUCAAUCUGGCGGUGGGGCUGUGCGGUUUGGGGGUCCUGCUGCUCCCGGCGGCGGAUGACAGCAAUGCCGAUUCCCCGACAGACCCCGUGCUAUUCUGGAGGGGCGCCUUUGGGUGGUCCCUGUCGGCGCUGGCGGGGUUAUGGUUGGCCCUGGCCCUGGUGGGCUACCGCUCCCUGAAGGAGAGAGUCGGCGUGGCCACGGCUCUGUUCACCGUGAGCUGGACGGGCUGCGUGGUCACUCCGGUUUCGUUGGCCCUGCUCCCGGAGAACCGGUCUUGGCCGGCGAGCGUUCCCGGCUGGGGCCUGGUCGCGGCUUCGGUGGCUUGCUCGAGCGUCGCCUUCCUGGGGGUGACGCACGGCCUCACGAGGGUCCACCCGGCGCUAGUGUCCGCUAGCCAGAGCCUGGAGGCGCCCUUGGCCACGGCGGCCCAUCUGAUCAUGGCGCAGCUGGCCCCCAGCGCCCCCGAGGUGGUCGGGAACGCCAUGGCGCUGCUGAGCGUCGGCUGGUUGGUGACCGCCAAGCUGUUGGCGUCCCGCGGGGGGGGCAGCCGGCGUCACAGAGAGGAAUAUGAGGAAAUUCUAGACUCACCCAUCAAAUAAGACGCUCCCCCGCCCAGCACCCUCUUCUCUCGACCAAGUCACUUGUACACACUCGCCGGUAGUUUUAUUACCUCCACCAAGCACAAAGUUAGAUUCGGGAGGUUGUGUUUUGAUUGCCACUUGUUAGAUCUUGGAAGAAAAAAAAAACGGGUGUGGUUUUCCAUGCACUUUUGUACAGUUUGUGUACAAACUCAC